UAACAGUUAAACUUCCGUUCCGCGUGAAUUUCACCGGGAAAAUGAGAAGUAAACCCAAGCCAAAGGAAACCUCCUGCACUUAAAAUAUGUUAAUGGAGCAGAACUCGAAAAAGUGGUACCGUCCCCUCUCCUCCUCCAUAUCCUUUCUCUUUCGUCAUUUUUUUUAAAUUAAAUUUUUGAUCGCAAAAGUGGUUCAACUUUCCCUAUCUCUCUCUGUAUCCGGUUUCAUCAUCAAUUAAAGUAAGUGGGUCGUCCGUCCCUCGCUGGAAGAGUCUCGUUCUCGGCUCCCUUCGCUGUACGUUCUCUCGAGAUCCCUGCCGAUCACAACCUACAUACAGCCAGGACAUGGCUGACGACGCCAAAGAGGGUCGAGCUUCUGGGGAAAACAAUGCAGUGUCCAAUGAUACAAAGAAAGGGGGAGAGACUAUCAAGAAGCAACGAAGAGGAAUACUUUCUCGGGUUUGGGGUGGAAUUUUUAGAAUACGAGGGGAGGAUUUUGAGAAGAGAUUGGAACAUAUAUCCAAAGAAGAAACUUCUGUCCUUGCAAGGAUGAAGAGGAGAUCUCAUAGUUGGCGGAGGACGGCGAGGAAUAUUAUCGUUUUCUCUGUGGUUCUUGAGGUUGUUGCAGUGAGUUAUGCCAUCAUGACAACUAGAGCACUUGAUUUAAACUGGAAGAUGAGGGCACUUCGGGUUUUGCCGAUGUUUCUUUUGCCUGCUUUAUCUUUUCUUGUUUAUUCAACACUUGUAAACUUCACAAGAAUGCUUGAUAGGAAGGACCAGAAAACCCUUGAAAGGCUGCGUGCUGAAAGACAAGCAAAAAUUGAUGAACUUAAAGAGAGGACAAACUACUAUACAACACAACAGCUCAUUCAGAGAUAUGACCCUGACCCGGCAGCAAAAGCAGCAGCUGCUACAGUUCUUGCGUCGAAGUUGGGUGCAGAUUCAGGCUUGAAGUUAUAUGUUGGGGAUAGUGAGUCCAAGAUCAAUGUUGCAUCAGUAUCCAGCAACGAUAUUGAACUUGUGCAAUCUAGUGGGCUUCGAAAUCGGAAAAAACCUCAAGUGAGAUCUGGCAGUGCAGUAAGCAUGAUGAUGAAUCAACCCAUUGAUGAAACACAGCAUGACUUGGGGGUUGCUGGUGCUGAGAGUCCCAUGCAGAAUCAAAUGGUUGUUCAACACCACCCAAGAUCAACCAUGCAAGAUGGAGGAUGGAUUGCUCGAAUUGCGGCCUUGCUUGUGGGAGAGGAUCCAACACAGUCUUACGCACUUAUAUGUGGUAACUGCCAUAUGCACAAUGGGCUGGCCAGGAAAGAAGAUUUCCCAUACAUAACUUAUUACUGCCCGCAUUGCCAUGCAUUAAAUAGGUCAGCAGAACAGAAAGAGCAUGAUAAUGGCUCCAGCUCCACCAACAUAAGCUCCCCAACAACCCCAACUAGUGGUGAUGUAGUUAAGAGUGUCAACAGUGCCACAACAGAAAGCAAACUUAUGACGAGCGAGCAAACAGUCGCUGUACCGACAGCUGAAGGGAGUGAAACCAAAGCACAUGGGGAUGAAGUUAAUUAAAGACAGUUUUGUAUAUUUGCACUUUGAAAAAACUUGCCUUUGCCUUUUCCCUUUCUUCUUUUUGCUAGAUAUUAGACUAGUAUGAUAUGUUAGGUCUAGUACUUUCCUUUCUUGUUUGUGUCACUUAAAGUCACUUGACAUUUUAUACGAUAUGAGCCAUAUACAUUACACAGUGUUCACUUGUCAGUAACUUCUCGUUUGUAAGAGUGGGGAGUUAAUUUUGUAGGAGGAAUUAGACUUUUUCUUCUCUGUUUUUUAUUGUUUGUUUUUUGAAAAAUUACCUGAAAAGAAUGAUGGUGCCAAAUGUAACUUUUAAGAUUAAUUUUCC